UGACUAAAGAUUUAACGAAGAUCGCUAUAAAAUACCGGCUCAGAAUCAAUUUUUUAUUGCCUAUAAUCGUUAUUAUCCGAGCAGAUAAAACAUGGUGACGAUGUUUAAAGAAACAGAGUGGUAAUAGACUAGGUACAUUGUAUAAUAUAUUUUAUUAGUUAUAGUAUUCCAUGUAAGCUGAGCGUAACCAACUAUAUAGCAUUUAUUUAUCUAGAUGAUUGUGACAUUUAAUAUCUUUUAAUGCCAGACUUUAUAUAUCCUUCGUACUGCUUAUCCUGUAAAGUAACGGGCGUAGGUUUCAUCAUUGCCUCAGUGUAGUCCAAUUUAAGGUUAUUAUUCAAUUUAUGCUCCCUUUUUUUGUGCAUAGUUUAUUUAUGCCAAAUAGUCGCACGCACAGUCGUUCGUAACUAUAUGUGGACACAGUGUUAUCAAAAAUUAAAAAAAAAUUUCUUGUGAGCUAAAAGUAAAAAUAAAAAAUAAAUAAUUAUAAAAAUAGACCUCAAACAUGACUGUAGGGAAAACUGCGAAAAUUUCAUCACCCUCUAUGAGGAGACGAAAAUCUGCUUUAGGUGAAGACGACGAUUUGGAACGAGAAACAAAAGCAUUAGCUUCAUUUUAUCCAAGUCCACCGCCCGUGGACUUUGUUCAAAGUACAAUGUAUGGACGUUACACGAAAGAAUUGGGCGACUAUGUCAAAGCAACGCAACAGAACAUAUCAACACCCGUCAUACACGGCGCUGCUAACGAAGAAUUCAGCAAGUACGGCGGGAAAAUCAGUUCCACUUUGGAAGUCGUAUGGCGCCAUUCGUUCGCCAAGCUUAGCGAAGAUUGGGUUUUUCUCACGUUAUUGGGUCUCGUCAUGGCUGUACUAAGUUUUGCCAUGGAUUACGGUAUAGACUUCACCAAUGAAGGAAGAAUAUGGCUAUUCAAAGAUAUGGCGUUCAAUCAGUAUUUGCAGUACAUUGCUUGGGUACUGUUACCGGUCAGUUUGAUAACAUUCGCAGCAGGAUUCGUACACUUAGUUGCGCCUCAAUCAAUUGGUUCUGGAAUACCAGAGAUGAAAACAAUAUUAAGAGGCGUCGCAUUAAAAGAAUUUCUCACCUUGAGAACGUUGAUCGCGAAAGUUGUCGGAGUUACAGCAACCUUAGGUUCGGGUCUACCUCUCGGCAAAGAGGGCCCUUUCGUGCACAUUGCCAGCAUAACGGCCACGCUUUUGACGAAAGUAAUUACCUCGUUCAAAGGAAUCUACGAGAACGAAUCGCGGAACACUGAAAUGCUGGCUGCGGCGUGCGCGGUUGGAGUGGCCAGCUGUUUCGGGGCUCCAAUAGGAGGUGUGCUCUUCAGCAUCGAAGUAACGACCGUGUACUUCGCCGUGAGGAACUACUGGAGAGGUUUCUUUUCCGCAGUCUGUAGUGCGACCGUGUUUCGACUGUUAGCCGUAUGGUUCAACAAAGCCGAAACCGUAAAGGCUUUUUUCCCGACCCAUUUCACUAUGGAAUAUCCAUUCGAUCCACAAGAGUUGACCGUUUUCGCUUUACUUGGGGUAGUCUGUGGAAUUAUCGGAGCCGGUUACGUUUGGGCGCACAGGCAAUACGUUUUGUUUAUGAGACAGAGUAAAAGUAUGAACUCUUUCCUACAGAAGAACCGUUUUUUAUAUCCGAGUCUCAUCACGUUUCUCACGUUGACAAUCACAUUCCCAUUAGGCACCGGUAAAUAUAUUGCUGGUGAACUGAACGUACACGACCAAUUAACCGGGCUGUUUAGUAAUUUCACAUGGACCAAGAAUGAGUUCACCAUCGAGGAGGCAGAAAUGAUGAACCAUUGGCGAACGGAAAACACCAACGUUUUCAUAUGUUUAUCGGCUUACAUAGCUUAUAAUUUUGUGUUCUCUAUAAUAGCAUCGACCAUUCCAAUACCAUCCGGUAGUUUCAUUCCAGUGUUCAAAACCGGAGCCGCGUUCGGUCGAAUAGUUGGUGAACUCAUGCACUUGUGGUUCCCGAGCGGCGUUAGACACGGGAAAUUCAUCACGCCUAUCAUACCAGGAGGUUAUGCCGUAGUCGGAGCAGCAGCUUUUGCCGGGGCCGUUACACAUUCCAUAUCAGUGUCUGUAAUUGCUUUCGAAAUGACGGGACAGAUCACUCAUAUUGUACCAGUCAUGAUCGCCGUGUUAAUAUCAAACGCUGUAGCAGUAUUAUUACAACCUUCGCUAUACGACAGUAUUAUACUAAUAAAGAAUCUACCCUACUUGCCAGAUCUACUCCCGUCCAUAUCGGGUAUUUACAGUGUGUAUGUAGAAGAUUUUAUGGUCAGAGAUGUCAAGUACAUUUGGUAUAAUAUGAGUUACCGAGACCUUAAAAAAGUUCUGAGGGAAAAUAAGGUUUUAAGAGUGUUUCCGUUAGUUGACAAACCAGACUCUAUGAUUUUAUUGGGUUCGGUACCUCGGGUCGAAUUAAUAAAACUGAUCGAUAGACAAGUUGGCAAAGAAAGGCGGAUGCAGGUAGUCGCUAAAUGGCAAAAAGAAGCACAGGAGAGACUUGACGAGGUAGAAAGGAGAAGAAGGGAAAACAAAGAAAGGAGACCUUCCAGAUUCGAAGUCACGCCGGCACCAGAUAAUCUACAAAGGAAGCAUUCAAUUAGUUCUCAAUCACUUUCUACAAAUCCCAUGAUUAAAGUGCAAUGCAGUUCUUCGUUGAAAGGACAUCCAAAAAAAUCUAUAUUAAAAAAGACAAACUCGUUUACUUUACAUAACCUAACACCAAUGAUGACUCCGUCUGCGACACCGUAUUCGACGAUAACUGGAGCAGAAAGCCGCAUACGACUAGCCUUUGAAGCUAUAUUCCACAAAUCUGCUACACUUCGAGAUGCAAACCCGGAACAGCAGAGCUUGACAGAUAUCACGGACAAGGAUAGGUGUUCGUCACAAAUCAUACAAGUGUCCAAAAAAGUUCAACUGCCUAAGGAGAGGGUCAUCGACAUGUCACCGGAAGAGCAGAGCGAAUGGGAACAAACGGAAAUGGACAAGAUUUUAGAUUUUGGUUCCUGUCACAUUGACCCGGCUCCGUUUCAGUUGGUAGAGAGGACGUCAUUACUUAAGGUUCAUUCGGUGUUCUCGUUGGUCGGUGUCAAUCACGCGUACGUCACUGCCAUUGGCCGCCUGGUCGGCGUUGUCGGCUUAAAAGAAUUGAGAAAAGCCAUAGAAGACACCAACUCGGGAACCAAACUUGGACACCACAAGACAUCAGGCUUCCGCAGCGCUGCGAUGGAAUCACUGUUAAGUAAUCGACAGAUGGACGAUGACUUUGGCGUGUAGAUACUAUACUAGAUACAUUUUAUAAAUGCGAUUCAAUAUUGACCGUUUUUUUUUUACGAAAACAUAAGUACGUAUCUUUUGACCAUCACAUGACACACACUGAUAAGAUUACAGACAUCAAUGCGUUAAAAAAAUCAAUAAUCAUAUUAAAAUUUGUUUUGAAGUUUCUUUAAUCGAUCAUCCACUUUUUAAAAUGUUGAAAUUAUAUUGUUGACAUAUUUUUGUGUUUGUUCGUGUGAAACCUCAUUAACACUACAAUUACACACGCCACACACUAAUGAUCACCUAUACCUAUACCUACUAGCAUAGCACACACAUCACACACUCACUGCACAUUAAAAAAUUGACUGAACUAAAUCCCAUAAAAAUGAUUGGUAUUGAAUCUCCUUUAUGAAAUAUUAAGUAAGGUAUCGUAACUAUGCAUUAAAUUUAAAAGUUAAAACCGUCUUACCGGUGUUUUAAUGUUUUUUUUUUUUUUUUUGUUAAUGUUAUAUAAUAUGAAAUAUUAUGAGUACCUAUUGUUGUAUAAUAAAUACUUGAAUAUAUAGGUACGUUGUAAUUUUGUAAAAUUAUAAAAUAGUUAAUAGUUAUAAUAUGUCUAAUACACUGGGAAACUGUUUAAAUAGGUACGCGUAUGUAUACGACCACGUACGGGACAGUAGCGUAUCUAGAAUUUUUUCACGAAGAGUUGGGUGAUAUAAACAUUUUAAUAAUAGACAUAUUCAGUAUACACGCAUAUAUGAUAUAUUCAUAUUAUAAUAUAUAUGUUUUAUUGUGUAACAAAUUUGGUCUCGGGGUAGGGUAUGACCACCAUAUUACCGCUCCCCCCUGUGUAGAUACGCCACUAGGCCGGGAUAAAUAUUACACAUAAUAUUAUUGUAUUUAAAUAAUAAGGUCAUAGUAUCACGGCGUUUGGGAUAGGCAAUAUGGGUACAUUAUAGUAUGUCCAUUUUCACGUAAAAACUAUGUUAUAAUUAAUAAUUGUUAUAAUUAAUACAUCAAAAUAAUUCUCAGUGAAUUGAAAAUAUUUGAAUAUAUAUUUACAUACAAAUCCGGUCCUUUUAUCACAAUCCACCUACCAAUUAUUAGGGAAAGAAUUUUAACACAUCUUAAUACCUAUAAUAUUUUAUAAUAUUAAAAUGUUAAGUGUUUAACAUAAUUUCCUAUCGAUAGUAGCAAAUGUGUUCAAAAUUUCUUCUGGUAAUAGUCUCCAAAUAGAAGUUAUUCGGUUGUUUUUUUGUUUCGAAAAAUUUUAUUUUUAAAUAGUUUGCUUUAAAUCUCGUAGUCGUAGUAUGAACAUAGAAGCUAAACCAACCUGGAUUGGAUACUUCUAACUUCCAAUAAUAUGUAAUUUCUUCACAAAAUUGUACGAUUUGUAACCAUAAUUCUGAAAAUGCCUUAUCUGUUAUAUUAUGUUUGACACUAUUCGAGUAUCUGUACAUAUUAAAAAAUAUAAUUGUU